GACCGCGCAGCCCAGCCACGCGGCAACGAAGCCUCGCAGCAAUAAUCGACUGUUGUGCAACAUGGCGAGUGUCUAGAGAUGAUGGGAGAUAUCGGGAGAAGAAGAAGACGAAGAAGACAAGGCCAUAUAUCGCGUAGAGGACGCCGUCCGGGACUUAUGCUGGCUCAAGGCAAAAACCUUGAUGGAUCAUGGGCCGAAACGUGACUCUUGGCAUGUCUUAGAGGUCACUGCUCAGCAUCCUACACGCCAUGGAAUUGGAGGAAGAGAGGCAACAGCAGCAUCAGCAGCAUCAGCAGCAUCAGCAGCAGCAGCAACACAGAAUCCUGAUCCGUCCUUCCCCCACGUAGGGCUGUUCUUCUUAACCCAAACGAGCAGGAGGCCUCGCGUAUUCCGGGCCUGUCAACCUGCCCACGGACGUCUUCAAGGCGGCGAGGGCGUCGAUCGGCGGAAUUGUUCACGUAAAAAAGUGUCUUGCUGCACUGGGAGGAGCGGCGGAAUCCACCACUGUCCCGUGAUGGCCAAGCUGAGUACUGUGCCAAGCCAUGUCCAGAUAUCUCUCGGCGGAGCUUGGCAAAACACGGUCAACCACACACGCAUAUGGACGAGGCCAUGGGAACUGUCUCGGACGAGGUCAUGGAUGGACAGACAUUGGAACUACGCAGUUAUCCGCGCUGAAAUCCUUCCGUCCUGGUUUACUGAUUUGCCGCCGUUGCCCUUCGUUUGUGGUAGGUAAUUAUAGAGUAACAAUUCUCCACUCAGGCCCCGAGCUGGCGAAUCAACACAGCCGACGAUUCCCCAAAACAACAAAAUCCAUCCGACUUCUCGAAUCACCUCCAAGCCAUUCUGAGCACCUUGCAGUCGAUGUAACCGUUCGCUUACCACGUUUUUUUGUUCGGACGUUCACGCCGCAUCUCGGUAGUACUCAGGUGGGCCGUGACGGUGAAAAGUUUCUUAUUGUGGCGUCACAACAUCCUCUGAAAGUGGCUUCGUCC